GGCGACCAGGGGUUGGGCAGAGCCUAGUUCCGUGCAACUUUCAAGUGAGUUGCAAACUCCGCCCCGAAGCCGGUACUGGUGGCUGGGCACCCUGAGACCGCGGGGACCCUAACGAGCGAAGGCCGUGACCGCCACCCGCGGCCCGGGACCCGCAGCAGCGCCACGGCGAGAGCCGGACACCUGGUUCCCCGCAGCAGGAAGUGCGGGGCUGAGCCGUAACUGCCCCAGGAGCGCGGCUGGGCGGAAGAACGCGGCUCCCGCCCUUACCGGCUCCCAAGUCGGUUCCUCCGAGCCCCGGCCUCCUCGCCUCAGCCCACGGGUCUCCCCGCUCUUCAGGCUCUGUGCACUGCGGAGUUAGGGGGCGGCGGGCUCCGCCUCUGCCAAGGGGCAGCCCGAGCGCCCCUCUCGUUCCCGCACUUCCACUGAUUACCCCGUCCCAGCCCCGCGUGAGCGUCCCCUGGUCAUCUUUUUGUGGGGGUUCCCCCUUCGUCCCGAGGCUGCAGGAUGGUGUCCUGGAUGAUCUGUCGCCUGGUGGUGUUGGUGUUUGGGAUGCUGUACCCAGCUUAUGCUUCCUACAAGGCUGUGAAGACCAAGAACAUUCGUGAAUAUGUCCGGUGGAUGAUGUACUGGAUAGUCUUUGCACUGUUCAUGGCCGUGGAGACCUUCACAGACAUCUUUAUUUCCUGGUUCCCUUUCUACUACGAGAUCAAAAUGGCCUUUGUGCUGUGGUUGCUAUCACCUUACACCAAAGGGGCCAGCCUGCUUUACCGCAAGUUUGUCCACCCAUCCUUGUCCCGUCAUGAGAAGGAGAUUGACACCUGCCUCAUGCAGGCCAAGGAGCGCAGCUAUGAGACGGUGCUCAGCUUUGGGAAACGGGGCCUCAACAUUGCUGCUUCAGCCGCUGUGCAGGCUGCCACCAAGAGUCAGGGUGCACUGGCCGGAAGGCUGCGAAGCUUCUCCAUGCAGGACCUGCGCUCCAUCCCUGAUGCCCCUGCCCCCGCCUACCGGGAUCCCCUCUACCUGGAGGACCAAGUACCUCGCCGCAGGCCACCCAUCGGGUACCGGGCAGGGGGCCUGCAGGACAGCGACACCGACGAUGAGUGUUGGUCAGACACAGAGGCAGUUCCCCAGCCACCCAGCCGGCCCCGAGAGAAGCCUCUCAGCCGCAGCCAGAGCCUGCGUGUGAUCAAGAGGAAGCCGCCGGUGCGGGAGGGCACCACCUCGCGCUCCCUGAAGGUUCGGACAAGGAAAAAGACCAUUUCUUCAGACAUGAACAGCUAGGGUCUGCAGAGCCUGGUCUAAUCUUACCUCUUGCCUUAUGGGGCGCUGGGGGCUGUUUGGAGGGUACCUCUGGCUGCACGUCUGACCUGUCUACGCCAGCUGCUCAGGCUCUGUCCUCCUGGCUCCUGGUGUCGUCAAGGGCCAGGUGCUGCCGGGGCCAUGCACAGGGCUAUACCUGCAAUGUACCAAAGCAGGCUGGGCCCAGGGUUCUAUUUAUUGUCUUUCUCAUCCUUCUACCCCCCCCCCCCCCGGGUGUGUGGGACCAGAGUCCUUCCCAAACCUCUGCAGGUGAAACCAAAAGUCCACCCAGCUGUGUUCAUUCCUUCCUGUCCUUCAGAGUACUUGACAGCCUCCUCCAAGGCCUGUGUGUGUGUGUUGGUGUGGGUGGGUGUGGGUGUGUGUCCUGGCUGUAUGUUUUGUGUUGGUGAAUGAGGUCAGGUUUAUGCACGUUUUGGUAAAUAAACACA